AUGGAGGGUAUGACUCAACGCGAAAUUGAUCUGCGCAGAAGAAUUCAUUAUGAAAGUGAUGAAUACGAGUCUGGCGAUGAUGAAGUCUAUUCACCAUAUCGAGGCCUGCCAGAAGAAGAGAGAAAGCGUUUGGAGAGGAAUACAAUUAUUGAAUCAAUUCGCUAUACCAGUGACGGUCAAAGUGUCAUGACAGUCAGACAAAUUUUGGACUAUAUGAGUCCUCCUUAUGUUUCAGUCAGACGCUUUAACGCAAGAAGAGCUCGAGCCUCUAGAGCCAUUGCAAACACCAAUCAGCAGAAUUCAACAAGAACUAAUGCAGUUUCUAGAACCAUCCCAAGCACCAAUCAGCAGAAUUCAGUUGGAGCCAAUGCAGUCUCUAGAACUAUUCCAAGCACCAAUCAGCAGAAUUCAACAGGAUCCAAUACAGUCUCUAGAACCAUCCCAAGCACCAAUCAGCAAAGUUCAGCAGAAGCCAAUACAGUCUCUAGAACCAUUCCCAGCACCAAUCAGCAGAAUUCAGCAGGAUCCAAUACAGUCUCUAGAACCAUUCCCAGCACCAAUCAGCAGAAUUCAGCAGGAUCCAAUACAGUCUCUAGAACCAUCCCAAGCUCCAAUCAGCGUAGUUCAACAGGAACCAAUGCAUCAUCUGCUGGUAUCAAUUCAAACGAUGUUUUUCUAAGAUCUGCAGAUGUGAGAGCUCCAAUGCCGAGACGUCGUCUCACUUUCAAGCAAGCCAGAGAAAUUGGCAUGUCUGUUGAUGAGUACUAUGGUCAUGUCUUCUGUAAACGCUCCAAAUAUGAGAAGAAGAUUGAAGAAAACAAUGUUAUGAAGCAUAUGAAGAAGCUUCCUGUCCCAGUUGAACUGUCUGAUAAAGAGGAAUAA